CCGUUUCCUCUGCAGCCCAUCAUCUUGGUUCAGGCCUUUGUAAGGCCUUGCCCAGCCUCCCAAAAGAUGGCUCUCCCCACACUCCUGCUUCUCAACAUUUUAACCACCUACCGAUGACUUCUUCAGCCGUGUGGUUUUACCCUGUUCUGUUCAGGAGCAAAGUUCCUGGAUUCGUGCGAUUGAUUGCUCCCGAGGGCUCCUUGGUAUUUCACGAGAAAGCCUGGAACGCAUAUCCCUACUGUAGAACAAUUGUAACGAAUGAAUAUAUGAAAGAUGAUUUCUUCAUUAAAAUCGAAACGUGGCACAAACCAGACUUGGGAACCUUAGAAAAUGUACAUGGUUUAGAUCCAAACACGUGGAAAACUGUUGAAAUUGUCCACAUAGAUAUUGCAGAUCGAAGUCAAGUUGAACCAGCAGACUACAAAGCUGAUGAAGACCCAGCACUGUUCCAGUCAGCCAAGACCAAGAGAGGCCCUUUGGGACCCAACUGGAAGAAGGAGCUGGCGAACAACCCUGACUGUCCUCAGAUGUGUGCCUAUAAGCUGGUGACCAUCAAAUUCAAGUGGUGGGGGCUGCAGAGCAAAGUAGAAAACUUCAUUCAGAAGCAAGAAAAAAGGAUAUUUACAAACUUUCAUCGCCAGCUUUUCUGUUGGAUUGACAAGUGGAUUGAUCUGACAAUGGAAGAUAUUAGGCGAAUGGAAGAUGAAACCCAGAAAGAAUUAGAAACAUUACGUAAUCAAGGUCAAGUGAGGGGCACAAGUGCAGCCAGUGAUGAGUGAGGAAGACUCUGACCAGGAUCUCGCAGUGUUGGCGUUUCCCAGCCACGUGCCGUGCUUGUGACUGCGUGCUCACAUGCACAGCUUCCCAGCCACGUGUGUAUAUAUGUCUGUGUGUGUAUGUCUGUAGCUGUAUAUAAAACGCAUGUAGAGCUACAGAUCAGAAUACACACACUUUUGUGUAUAUAUGUACAUAUAAACAUACUGAAGGGAUUAGUACAAUUUCUCCAAAGUACUGUACCUAUCUUCAGCAAGAAUGCAAAAGAAAAUAUUUUCAAUAUAUAUACCUGGAACAGAUUUUAAUAAUCAGAGUAAUACCAUUAAUGGACAAAUUGACUGCAGUGUAAUACUAGCUGGUAUGUUUCAUAAAUGUCAAGUUGUGGACCAAUAAAUAUAUAUAUAUAUACAUACAUACAUAAAUAUAUGUGUAUAUAUAUAUAGCCUUUUAUUA